UACUACUAAAAAGGAACCCCUAUAAUUUAUAUAAUUUACAAGUAUCAUAUUACAUCUAGCAAAAACAUUAUACAAUAAUGGCUGGAGUAGUCCAACAGUAUGAUAAUCAGGAGAUCAAGACUAAGAAAGCCUGCAUCAUAGGGGGUACAGGAUUUUUGGCAUCCCAACUUGUCAAAUUAUUAUUGAGCAAGGAUGUUUCUGUCAAUACCACUGUUAGAGACCUUGGUGAUGAAAAAAAGAUUUCACACCUCUUAGCACUUCAAGAUCUUGGGGACUUGAAAUUUUUUCAAGCAAAUUUAACUGAUGAAGGAAGCUUUGAUGCCGCAGUACAAGGUUGUGACGUUGUUUUCCUAGUCGCCACUCCUGUCAACUUUGCGUCUCAAGAUCCAGAGAAUGAUAUGAUUAAGCCCGCGGUAUUUGGAGUAAGGAAUGUCUUGACAGCCUGCGUGAAGGCAAAGACAGUGAAACGCGUUGUUCUGACUUCAUCUGCAGCUGCUGUAUCGAUCAAGAAUAUAACUGAAGAAGGUCUUGUGAUAACUGAAGAAGAUUGGACUGAUGUUGAUUUCCUCUACUCCCAAAAACCAUCAAUUUGGGGUUACCCUGUUUCUAAGACCCUAGCUGAAAGAGAAGCCUGGAAAUUUGCAAAAGAAAACAACCUUAAUCUUGUUACUGUAAUACCACCUUUGAUUGCUGGUCCUUCCUUGACUCCUGAUGUCCCCGGCAGCAUUGGUCUUGCUACAUGCUUAUUAACAGGAGAUGAGCCCCUAAUAAACAACUUGAAGGGUAUGGAAUUGGGGUCAGGUUCGAUCUCGAUUACACAUGUAGAGGAUGUUUGUCGCGCACACAUUUUUCUAGCAGAGAAAGAAUCAGCUUCAGGGCGUUAUAUUUGCAGCGCGGUUAACACUUGUGUUCUUGAUCUCGCGAAGUUUCUAAGCAACAAAUACCCUCAGUACAAUGUUCCUACAGAUUUUGGAGAAUUCCCUUCAAAGGCCAAAUCAGUAUUAUCAUCAGAGAAACUCGUUAAUGAGGGAUUCAAGUUCAAGUAUGGGCUUGAACAGAUUUAUGACUCCACAAUAGAGUAUCUGAAGAGCAAUGAUCUAUUGAAGGAUUGA